CACUGGGUGUCAUGGGCAGGUUGGACUGCAGUGGGUGUCAUGGGCAGGCUGGAAUGCAGUGGGUGUCAUGGGCAGGUUGGACUGCAGUGGGUGUCAUGGGCAGGUUGGGCUGCAGUGGGUGUCAUAGGCAGGGUUGGACUGCAGUGGGUGUCAUGGGUAGGUUGGACUGCUGUGGGUGUCAUUGGCAGUUUUGGACUGCAGUGGGUGCAUGGAGAGGUUGGACUGUAGUGGGUGUCAUGAGCUGGGUUGAACUGUUUCUAGUGUCAUGGGGAGGGCUGGACUGUUGCUGGUGUCAUGGGGAGGGUUGGACUGCAGUGUGUGUCAUGGGCAGGUUGGACUUCUGUGGGUGUUAUGGACAGGUUGGACUGCAGUGGGUGUCAUGGGCAGGUUGGACUGCAGUGGGUGUCCUGGGCAGGUUGGACUGCAGUGGGCGUCAUUGGCAGGGUUGGACUGCAGUGGGUGUCAUGGGCAGGUUGGACUGCAGUGGGUGUCAUGGGCAGGUUGGACUGCAGUGGGUGUCAUUGGCAGGAUUGGACCGCAGCGGGUGUCAUGGGCAGGUUGGACUGCAGUGGGUGUCAUUGGCAGGGUUAGAAUGCAUGGGGUGUCAUGGGCAGGUUGGACUGCAGUCAGUGUCAUGGGCUGGUUGGACUGCAGUGGGUGUCAUGGGCAGGUUGGACUGCUGUGGGUGUCAUUGGCAGUUUUGGACUGCAGUGGGUGCAUGGACAGGUUGGACUGUAGUGGGUGUCAUGAGCAGGGUUGGACUGUUUCUAGUGUCCUGGGGAGGGCUAGGCUGUUGCUGGUGUCAUGGGGAGGGUUGGACUGGAGUCUGUGUCAUGGGGAGGGUUGGACUGCAGUGUGUGUCAUGGGCAGGUUGGACUGCUGUGGGUGUUAUGGACAGUUUGGACUGCAGUGGGUGUAAUGGGCAGGUUGGACUGCAGUGGGUGUCAUGGGCAGGUUGGACUGCAGUGGGUGUCAUGGGCAGGUUGGACUGCAGUGGGCGUCAUUGGCAGGGUUGGACUGCAGUGGGUGUCAUUGGCAGGUUGGACUGCAGUGGGUGUCAUGGGCAGGUUGGACUGCAGUGGGUGUCAUGGGCAGGGUUGGACUGCAGUGGGUGUCAUGGGUAGGUUGGACUGCUGUGGGUGUCAUUGGCAGUGUUGGACUGCAGUGGGUAUCAUGGACAGUUUGGACUGUAGUGGGUGUCAUGAGCAGGGUUGGACUGUUUCUAGUGUCAUGGGGAGGGCUAGACUGUUGCUGGUGUCAUGGGGAGGGUUGGACUGCAGUGUGUGUCAUGGGGAGGGUUGGACUGCAGUGUGUGUCAUGGGCAGGUUGGACUGCUGUGGGUGUUAUGGACAAUAUAAAACAUGACUGUUGCCUGGUUAUAUCAACAUUUAAGAAUAAUGCUCAAAUCAUUUGUACAUAACUAAACAUGAACAUACAAAUAUUGAUGUAUAAUCGCCAGUAAAUGUUUGGAAGCUUUAGAAAAGUUAAUUAUAAAUUGACACAAAAUUAUAUGAAAGUGGUAAUUGCACAGAUCAUUCAGUGAUGCUGCUGGUUAAAGGGUGCAAAUGUUAAAACUAGAAUGCACAUGAAUGUGUUUGGUUUUAAAUACACAUGUAUUACCAGAAACAUCUUAGGCAGUCAAUACUAAAUUAAUUUGCCAUAUUUUACUCUUGCUUUGAUGAUAUAUAUUUUGCUUUUAUGUAGAUGUGCAGAAAUUUUCAUGAAUAAACCAUUUAAUGGUCUGUUUCAUAUAGUUAUUUGCUUGUCUGACCAAUCUAAGUGUUAGAUAACCUGUUAUAUCCUGUUGAGUUUCUAAUGUCUGCAAACUAACGCGGAGAAAACCACCUCAGCUGAAUGCAAAGUUUCCACACAACACACUUCUUAGUAUAUAAAUAGGGCCUACAAUAGUUCUACUACAGUAUGCUCACCCAAGGUGCACCUCACUUUGUAUCGAUCUUCAGCACAGGGGCAGAACUACCAUUGGUGCAGCAGGUGCAGUGGCAUCAGGGCCCAAGUACUUGGGGGCCUAUAGCAGCCAGUUUAUAAAUAGGCAUGUGCAGAAUGUGUACAAUCCAAAUGCAGUGGAGCCUUUUAUUAGUGAAGUUUGCAGAUCUGUCUAUGGGGUCAAUUUAUCAAAUGCCGGGCGGACAUGAUUUGCUGCAGCGAAUCAUGUCCACCCAGCAUCGCUAAAUGCCGACAGCGUAUAACAUUCCACAAGCAUUUUUUGUGAAAUGCUUGAAGUCUGCCACCUAAAAGGUGGCGGACAAGUUAAAGGGACCAUAGAAUUGUUAUUGUUUUAAAAGAUAGAUAAUCCCUUUAUUACUUAUUCCCCAGUUUUGCAUAACCAACACAGUUAUAUUAAUAUACUUUUUACCUCUGUGAUUACCUUGUAUCUAGGAACCUUCUUCCAGCCCACUGAUCACAUGACUGUGACUGUUUAUUAUCUAUUGUCUUAAAUUUAGCAUCGUUUUGUGCUAAAUUUUAAAUAACCCCCUGUGCCUGAACACAGUGUAAUCUAUAUGGCCCACGUGUACUUUCUGUCUCUUUGUGUUGAAAAGAGAUUUAAAAAGCCUGUGAUAAGAGGCAGCCCUCAAAGGCUUAGA